UUUGGUGUGAUGCGAGGCGAUGGCAACGAACCUUGCGACAUGACGAAAUGCCCAAAUGCGAUGACAGCGGUCCAGUGACAUGUGACUCAGCCCUCAGUUCAAGGGGACCUAAUUUAUCACCAUUAUCUGUUGGACCUAAGUCAAGAAGUCUUAACCCUAGGAAGCAGAAGAAAGAUGAUGUAAACAUAUGUAUUGAUAGUUUCAAUGAAGCUCUCAGAAACUUUUCAGACUCUGCAUUCUGUGAUGAGUUAAACAAACUCAAGUUAACUGUACCUGAGAAAUUGUCAAUGUACCUUGUUCUUAGUCAACCAAUUUCUAGGUAUAAGGUCUCCUGGAAAUGGAGAGAAUCGUAUGUUUCUGGUGACUCCUUUUUGGAAAAUAAACAAGGCCUCCAAAGGAGAAAUUUACCAUACUUAAAGGAUGGGCCUAUUUCUUUUUCUGCAAAUUUAUCCAGAAGGAUUGUGCAUUCACUACUUCUCGAUACUCCUUUUGUUCUUGGCAUACAGGUGAGGGGCUUCAAAACAGAACGGAACGUACUUGCAGAACAAGCUCGCAAUCCUAGUCUGGUAGUGAGGUUGCGAAAACUUUUAGGCUUCCAGAGUCCAUUGGUUAACUCUACCCCUCCUGCUCCAGCUUCAGCAGAAGCUGUUGCUGUUGGCCAUAUAUCUUCUUCCCUUCCUGGAGGUGAUGUGGAACGACUGAAAGGAAUCGUGGCUGACGAAUCCUUGAACCCAGAGGAGCAACAGAGAAUGAAAGUGGCCUUUGCUGAAGGUUAUCUGGCAGGAAGCGGUCAGAGGGUGCCAGGUCGCACAAUGAAAUGGCUCAAAAUUGUGCAACAACUGCUUACUAUUGUUAUUUUCCUUGCCAUCUUUGUUUCCUUCAUGGCCAGUGCAAGUGGAUCCAUGUUUCGUAUUCAACUUGGUAAUCAAGUAGAAGUAGAUCCUGAAGAAAUUCAUGUUACAUUUGAUGAUGUGAAAGGUAAAGUGUGUGUGAGAUGGGUGCUGGAGCAACUGGCACCUGAACACAAAACAAAGCGCAUAAGAUCAGUAGUGAUAUUUCUGGAGCAGUACCACAAUGAUGGCGAUGAGUCUCUGGAUCAGGCUGAUGAAGCAAAGCAGGAAUUAAAAGAUGUUGUUGAAUUCUUAAAAAACCCCGAAAAGUUUUCUACAUUGGGAGGCAAGCUCCCAAAAGGUGUGUUAUUAGUGGGUCCACCAGGGACAGGCAAAACACUACUAGCCCGUGCAGUGGCAGGGGAAGCUGGAGUCCCCUUCUUCCAUGCUGCCGGUCCUGAAUUUGAUGAGAUCCUUGUGGGACAAGGUGCCCGUCGUGUACGAGAUCUUUUUAAGGCUGCAAAAGACAGAGCACCCUGUGUAAUCUUUAUUGAUGAAAUAGAUUCUGUAGGAGCAAAAAGAACUAAUUCAGUUCUUCACCCUUAUGCUAAUCAAACAAUCAAUCAACUUCUUUCUGAAAUGGAUGGAUUUCAUCAAAAUGAAGGAGUAAUUGUCUUGGGAGCAACAAACAGAAGAGAUGAUUUGGACAAAGCCCUUCUUCGUCCUGGCCGGUUUGAUGUAGAAGUGAAUGUUCCAACACCAGAUUACACUGGGCGGAAGGAGAUUUUAGAUCUGUACCUUGGUCGAGUUCUAUCCAAAGAUGUUGAUGUGGAGAUGUUAGCAAGAGGUACAACUGGUUUUACUGGAGCUGACUUAGAAAACAUGGUGAAUCAAGCUGCUUUGAGAGCUGCUAUUGAUGGUGCUGAUUCAGUUACCAUGAAACAUUUAGAAAAUGCAAGAGAUAAGGUUCUCAUGGGUCCCGAGCGUAAGUCUCGAAUUCCAGACGAAGAGGCAAAUACAAUUACUGCAUACCAUGAAGGAGGGCAUGCUGUAGUGGCAUAUUACACCAAGGAUUCUCACCCUUUGCAUAAAGUCACCAUUAUACCCAGAGGGCCUUCUCUUGGACAUACAGCGUAUAUUCCUGAAAAGGAACGAUACCAUGUAACAAAAGCCCAACUUCUUGCCAUGAUGGACACAAUGAUGGGUGGUCGUGCAGCCGAAGAACUUGUUUUUGGUCCUGAUCGCAUCACAUCAGGUGCAUCCUCAGACCUGAAACAAGCUACUUCGAUUGCCACCCACAUGGUACGCGAGUGGGGAAUGUCGGAACGUGUGGGGUUGCGGACUCAUGCUGACCCCAGCAACGCUGGCUUUGUAGCUGUAAAUGAUCUGAGUCCUGGCACAACUGAUGUUAUUGAUAGUGAAAUCAAACGUCUGCUUUCCGAAUCAUAUGAACGUGCUAAAACGAUCUUGCGUACUCAUCAGAAGGAACAUAAAAUGCUAGCAGAAGCAUUGCUGAAAUACGAGACCUUGGAUGCGGAUGAUAUCCGUGCCAUCAUGAAAGGCAAGGAGACUGACAAGACACAACCAGUUUGAUAGUCUGCAUGGAAACAUAGUGGAAAACAAAUCUCCUUUCCUUUUUCCUCUUGGGAAUCCUCCAGCUCUCUUCUUGUUUCUAACUUCGACUGCAUGAUUUUUCUGCAGUCAUCCGGUGGCAAUACAUGGGUUUACCAGUUUAUGCUCUGGCAACAAUAACGGUACAUUACUGUUUAUAACUUGAAGCAUAAUAAAAAAAACCCAAAGAAUCUUCCUGAUAUGAAAGCUAUCUUGAGUUAAACUUAUUUGCAUACUAUCUACAUAGGUUUUUCAAUAUCAUUCUGUAUUAUAUUUCACAGUACUUCAAAGCUGAUUUCUAAGCGCAUUACCAUGAAGACAAAAAUAUUGGAUAAAUUCAUUUUUAUCCUGUAUAUAUUGAAUGUGUUCAUAUUUAGUAAUAGAUUGUGUUGACUGGUCUUUUUAAAUACUGUUGAUUUACUGCCCUUCCCUAAGUUUCUUUUUCCUUUCCCAUUAGUAAAUCAAUUUCAAGUACAAGAUACAUUUUUUGCCUUUUGAGGCUUGUGAGGAUAUUGUAAGAAUCGUGUUUUAGUGAAUAAAAAUGCUAGAUCUUAUUUAGAUGUUAAAAUGUAUGAUUUAAGUUACAGUGCAUAUAUACAUCUAAAUCCAUGUGGUGACCUACGUAAAUUAUUAGUGUUAUAGCUCAGUAACCAUGAAAAGGCUGCUGAGGGAUGGGCUUACCUCAGGUGGUGUUGCAAAGGUGCCCUCUGCUACUCCCUGGGCAAAAGAAUAGUUGCCUUCAGGGAGUAUGACUGCAAAAGCUGAUUCGCUCACUGAUUUAAGCAAGAAUGUUAUCCUUGAAAUUGUAUUUAAAUGUUUUGUACAUGUUUGCAGCACUUCUUGUAAAUUAUGACAGAGCAGAUCAAUUUUUUCACAAUUUAUCUUUCGUUGAAAGUGACAUACCUUUACUUUCAGCUAUUUCAUGUCUUUUUAUAUGUUAGUGGACAUGAGCUAUUGAAUUUGUAUCUACAGAAAGGGGGUGUUAAGAGAUGUAUGCCUGUUUUCAAUGAAAACGUUUUUUAGUGAAUGGCACUCUGUUCACCAUGUGCAGUAAUUAUGCUUUAGUAACAGAGGCAUCAUACGAUAAAAUAUCUGCGAACAGAGCAACUGUCAGUAGCGGUUUCUGCUACGCAGUUUAAUGAAAGAUUUCGUAACCUUAAAUACACAAGAUUUGUAGAGUUGUGUAAGGUCUUAUGUUCGCUUUUGACCAUUCUGGUGGAGACAUGAAGUUAUGGCUCCUCAGGGGAGAAGUGAGGUUGCAAGGAGAGAGAACUUUUCCCUCUGCUACGUUUAGUGCAGCUUUUUUUUUUUUCUUUUCAAGAGUUGUUGAGGUAUAACUAUUUUAUCAUUAAUUCGAAGGUUUGAUAAUGUUAAUAUUGUUAUAGUAUUGUUUGAUUACGGUAUGUGAUCCAAAUUCAUGAUUUCAUUCCUGGUGAACUUGUGUUUUAUAAAGUGGAAUUUUUUUAAGAAGCUGCACAACUCAAUUUAGAUAAUGAACCUAAUUUUAUGUAAAAGGUAAUCUAGAUAAUAUUCUCAGCAGACAAUGGUUAAAAUAGACUUAAAAGCAGUGCAGAACUACGUUUUUUUUGUAUGCCUUUUGUGUCAUAGUAGUACUAGAUAUAAUACUGUGUUUUGAAAGAGGAUCAAAAUUUAAAAAGAAAAAUCUUGUGUUUGGAAUAACAUAUCCGAAUAUCAGAAGUACUACCCAUUGAGUCCAGUGUUGAUGAUGAACGUUAAUAAACAUUCAAUUUUCAGAGGUAUAUGGCAUGGGUAAAACUGAACCUAAAAGAAACAGGCAACAUUAACUCAUUUCACUCAACGGUGUUUAAUACAAGACCAAUUUGUCCUGUUGCUCUGCUGUUAAAUUUUGCGUAUUACAAGUAUAGCCAAAAAACAAAUUAUCAUUUUUAGACGAAUUAUUCUCCUAUAAAUGGGAUAUUUGUGGAUUAAUUUUACUGGACUGUGUUGUUUUUGGCAUUGUCCUUUAUAUUUCCAAAGCAGAAUUACAAACUUUAUUUGAUUUACUUAUAGUACAAAUUUAUUCACAGCCUUACUUUGCUUUGGCAAAAAUAGAAAAUCAACAAAAUCAGAGGGGGUUGCCUAUAUAGAAUGAAUCAGAGAAGUUCGGGUGCCUUCUGGUCUUGUACUGGUAGAAAAAUCAGCAUUCUCUAAAAAAACAAAUAAACGAAGUACUUGCAUAUAUUUAAUUACCCUUACCUGGUACUAACUUAAUUCUUAAAACUGUUGAUCAAUUUAACUUUUUGGGAAUUAUGGUCUAGAAUGUUUUCAU